AUGCCGCUAGUGAAAAGGAGCAUAGAGCCCCGCCACCUUUGUCGUGGCGCUCUCCCCGAUGGCGUUACCAGUGAGUUGGAGUGUGUGACCAACAGCACCUUGGCGGCCAUCAUUAAGCAGCUGGGGAGUCUCAGCAGACACGCUGAAGACAUUUUUGGAGAACUGUUCAAUGAAGCCAAUAGUUUCUACAUGCGGAUGAACUCCCUGCAGGAGCGGGUGGAUCUGCUGGUGAUCAAGGUCACUCAGUUAGACUCCACUGUGGAAGAAGUUUCGCUGCAAGACAUCAACAUGCGUAAAGCAUUCAAGAGCUCAACCAUUCAGAACCAGCAGGUGGUCUCUCGCAACUCCAUCCCUAACCCUGUGAUGGAGAUGUACCAGCGCUGCGAUAAGCCCCCGCCACUCAACAUCCUCACGCCAUACAGAGAUGACAGGAAAGAUGGGUUGAAGUUCUACACGGAUCCUUCGUAUUUCUUCAACUUGUGGAAAGAGAAGAUGCUGCAGGCGACGGAAGAUAAGAGGAAAGAGAAGCGGAGGCAGAAGGAGCAGCGACUAGUUGAAGAUUCCACCCGGGAAGUGAAGAAAGUGAGGAAAGCUCGGAACCGGCGGCUGGAAUGGAACAUGAUGGCCUAUGAUAAAGAAUUCCGACCCGAUAACAGAUCUUAUGCGUCAGAUGCAGCUGAUCAUUCAUACCCAGCCAGUCCUAACCACCAUGCCCAGCAAAUCUUAGCGCCAGCCUCACACCUCUCAGCAGACAACAAAGAGGUCAUCCUGGUGGCCAGCCAGGGCCCGGACCACGUCUACAGGCCCUCAGUGGCAGGAAGCCGACAGAACAGUCUCAACCGGGUCCAGCAGCCUCAUGUGCCGCAGCCGCCAGAGACUAUGCUGAAUGGACCGAGACCUCAGAUAAUCAAGGAUUAUGGCCCUCAACAGGUGCCGUUGGCUGAAUACUUUGUCCCUCCUGCUCCCCCUCCCCCUCCCCCAGUCAUCCCCUCGGCCCAGACUGCCUUCGACAGCCCCAUCUCUGCCCCUCCAGCCAUGGCGCCUAAUGCUGCUACCUCUGUGGCUCUCUCGUCUUACGCGCCUUCCCCUCCGCCAGCCCCGCCCUGCCCCUAUUCUGCCUCUCCCCCUCAGACUGGCCCCCUGGGGCCCCCAGUGGCCCCUCCUCCUCCUCCCCCUGGCCCCCCGACAGUUACAGCCUCACCAGCUCACUCGAUGUCUCCCCCUGCUGUCACGGUGGAUGCACGGAAGCCUCAGAUCCCCCUGAUACCCAUGAGUGACGCCCGGAGUGACCUGCUGGCUGCCAUCCGCAGAGGAAUUCAGCUCCGAAAAGUCCAGGAGCAGUGGGAACAAGAGGCUAAGAAGGAGCCUGUGGGGAAUGAUGUGGCCACGAUCCUUUCCCGCCGGAUUGCUGUGGAGUACAGUGAAUCGGACGACGACUCCGAGCUGGAUGAGAAUGAGUGGUCAGACUGAGAAGAGGGUGGGAUUCUCUAGUGGGUGGGGGUUUCCAAGUUCUGCUUGUCACUUUCCCACAACUGGGCGUCUGUGGCUUCCUGCCCGUAAGUAUCAGCUGUUUCUGGCAGCUUGU